CUUCCAAGGCGGAGGCUUGGCCCUUGAAAGCGAAAGCAAAGACUGGGGAGGGCUUUCCAUAUUCCUGAGGGAGAAGGAGAAGGGGACCAUGGCCGGGGAGCCUCAUCCAGGGAGGCUCAGGGAAGCCCUGGAAGGCCGCCUCAGGGCCCUGGGCAUCGAGGCCUUCAGCCUGGAGCACCCCGAAGUGUUCACAGUUGAAGAAAUGAUGCCUUAUGUGCAACAUUUGGAAGGGGCCCACAGCAAAAAUCUUUUCCUUAAAGAUAAGAAGAAGAAAAGCUUCUGGUUGGUGACCGUUCUGCACAACAGGCAAAUCAAUUUAAAUGAUUUGGCAAAGAAACUGGGUGUUGGAAGUGGGAAUCUGCGCUUUGCUGAUGAAGCAGCCAUGUUGGAUAAGCUGAAAGUUGGCCAAGGAUGUGCAACCCCCUUAGCACUUUUCUGUGAUCAAGGAGAUGUGAAGUUUGUGUUGGAUGCUAACUUUCUGGAUGGAGGUCACAAAAGGUUGUAUUUUCACCCAAUGACAAAUGCAGCAACCAUGGGAUUACAUCCAGACGACUUCCUAAAAUUUCUGAAGUCCACAGGACAUGAACCAAUCGUUGUGCACUUUGAUGAAAGUGCCAGUCCGUGACCAGGAGGAUCUGAGCCACUAUCGGUCUGCAGUUUGUAGCUGGGAAAAAGGAAGACUCCUUGUCUUCCAGUGAGUAUACUGCCAAUCUGAAAAGGCAACAGUUAUUACCUUUGCUCAGCUGCAAAAUGGUACCCAGAUGGUGCCCAGGAGCCUCCUGUCCCUACUGGCCACUGACUGGCUGUGGGGAUGUGCCUCAACACCUUCAAGUUGGGUGUUGUGCAGCUGGUCACGAGAAAAGCCCAGUGAAGGUAUCCUGGCAUAGAUGUACCUCCACUGUCAUGACGCAGGAUUUCAACUCAUUUCUAGACCCAUUAGUUUAGGUGAGUAGGCUGCAGUUCCGCUGGAAGGCACAUAUUUUGCAUCAGGGCAGGGCAAUGGUGGGAGGCUAUGAGGCUUCAUUAGAUCCCCCUAGGUGACCUUGGAGGACCACACACUGUACCCCUUUGCAAAAUAAAUACAUAAAAAUCCAACAAAACCAAAUGACCACAGGGAAUAGGGAGCAUUUUCAACCGCUUUCAGUCAUCUGAGGCACUUUAGGUAGUCAUUUCCUUUUUCAAAAUAAAUGUCCUCUUGGGCCUAAAAGGGUCCAGAGACACAGCCUAAACACCCUCUAGGAAAGAGUGUCACUAGGGGAUUGUGGGGGAUACAGACUGCACCAGGUGACACCCUAAGGAGGAUGACACCACUGCUCUUCAAACACCUACCUUUUGGCAGAAACGGGCUGUGGCAUUGAUCUGCUUCCUUUUA